AUAAAACAAUGUACGCGCAAAUAAUUCAGUAUAAAAUAUAUACUGGUGGAAAGCAACACAAUUGAUGUUUGCCGUAGAUUUUGUAGUGAUCGUCGUCGAAUUGGAAUAAGUCGUCGUAAUAAUAAUAUACAACGUCACUGUUGUGCCUAUCGUUCAAGUUCAACAACGGUACCAUACUACCAUCGCCGACCAAUCCACAUAGCACGUGCAAGCAGUUACGGUUACGCCGGUGAAAAGGAGCAUUGCAUUCGGCGAUAAAGUUAACAUAAUCCUUUUUAGAUCUUACACUGUGCGGACCGUUAAAUAAAUACGUGUGUCACCAAUAUUUCGUGUGUAGCUGACUGAGCGGUUGAAUUUGCCAUGUCGGACGUGUGGCCUAUUCCGUUUGUCCAAUUGUAUGCGGCCGUCAUUCUACUGGUCGCGUUCCUGAGCUACGUGUACCUAACGUACCACUACCGCAGAUGGUCGCGAUUCAGCGUAUCGCAGGCCGAGCCAACGCCGCCAUUCGGCAGCCUUAGCGACGUGGUCAUGGGCCGUAUACCGCUCGUAGACGUCAUCCACUCGUUAUACCACAAAUUCGACGGACAUCGGUAUUUCGGCAUCUACGAGGGACGCGAACCGCUGCUGGUGAUUCGCGACCCAGAACUGGUGCACACCAUCAUGGUAAAGGACUUCCGAUCGUUCGUCGACCGAAACGCGAGCAAGGAGUCGUUCAAGCACGACAAGCUGUUUGAUCACUUGGUGCACCUGCGGGGAGAACAGUGGAAAGCGAUCAGGGCCAAGUUGAGUCCGACUUUUUCGGCGGCUAAGCUCAAGUUCAUGUUGGGUGACAUAAACGUGUGCACAACGCGUCUGAUCGACAACUUGAACAAGCAAAUAAUGAGCAACAAUGGAAUUGUUGAUGUGAGUGAAGCAUCGGCUCAAUUUACAACUGAUACUAUUGGCCGUUGUGCUUUUGGUUUAGACUGCAAUACAUUAUCAAAUCCGGAUUCCGAAUUUCGUCGUACAGGACAAGCCAUCUUUGCGCCGAGAUUUCGAUCGACUUUACUAAAUCUAAUCAGACUAUUUGGUUUUGGUCGGCUUUUAGAUGUAUUUAGAAUACGUGGUAUGCCUAGUAACAUAUAUGACUUUUUUGAUAAUCUACUUGAGACAACAAUGGAACAACAUAAACAUGAAAAAAAUUCACGAAACGAUUUUAUAGCACUUUUAGUAAAACUGAAAGAAGAAGAAAAACUAAUGGAAUCUGAAAAAAAAUUAUUUACUGAUGACAUAUUAGCAGCAAAUACAUUCGUAUUCUUUGUGGCUGGUUUCGAAACUACAGCUUCCACAAUGAGUUAUUGUUUAUACGAGUUAGCGAUGAAUCCUGAAAUUCAAGUAAAAUUACGAGAAAAAAUCAAGCAAACACUGGACGCAAACGAUGGAAAGCUUGGAUAUGAUACGUUAAAAGACUUGAAAUAUUUGGAUAUGGUGAUAAAUGAGACAUUUAGACUGCAUCCACCAGUUCCCAUUUUAAAUCGAGUUUGCACUCAGAAGUACACAAUUGCAGGCAGUAACAUAACUCUAAAUGUUGGUGAGAAAAUAAUAAUUCCCAUGUAUUCAUUACAUCAUGAUCCCAAGUAUUAUUCAGACCCAGAAAUAUUUGAUCCUGAACGAUUUACUGAAGAAAACAUGAGUUCAAUACCACAUAGCACGUUCCUCCCGUUUGGUGAUGGACCUAGGAAAUGUAUUGGUUUGCGAUUUGCAAUGAUGGAAGCCAAAACUGGACUAGCGGAAAUAUUGUCAAAAUUUGAAAUAUCACCAUGUAAAGAAACACAAUCUCCAAUCAAAAUUAAACCAAGAUCGAUUUUACUCACACCAAACGAAUCAAUUCGAUUAUCAUUCAAAAGUAUUGAUCAACGCAGUGUAUCGUCAGUCCCGACGCCGUUGUCCGCGGAUGUUAUCCAUAAAUUUAUCUGUGCCGAUCUGCGCCAACCGUUUGCGUCGCUUGUGAUGAUCUCCUUUAGUAGUUGGCUGGAGAUCGUACCGGUGACCGCAAUUGCGUCGGUGCUGCUGGCGUACGCGUACUGCACGCGCCACUAUGGGCACUGGACGGCGCUGGGCGUGCCGCACACCAAACCGACACCGUUGCUGGGCCACUUCGCCGGGCCCACGACGGGCCGCGAGUCGGCCACCAUCACAGUGGACACGCUCUACCGGCGGUUCGCCAGUCAUCGGUACUUUGGGAUGUACCAGCUCCGGCACCCCAUGCUGGUGGUGCGUGACCCCGAACUGGUACACGCUGUGCUGGCCACAGAGUUCGGGUCGUUCCACGAUCGGUUGAUAAGCCGAACGUCGUUCGAACACGACGGGCUGUUCAACAGUCUGGUGAACCUGAGGGGCGACAGGUGGAAAGCGGUCCGGGCUAAGUUGAGCCCCACGUUCACUGUGGCCAAGCUCAAAGCCAUGUUCGCCAGUCUGCAUGUGUGCACCGGCCAACUCGUCGACAAACUGUUGCUAUUGACGUCUGGUGGCCAAGGUAUUGUUAAUGUCACCGAUAUAUCAUCAAAAUUUACCAUCGAUACAAUUGGAAGGUGUGCUUUUGGGAUAAAUUGCAAUACUCUUUUUGACACAAACACAGAAUUUCAACGAGCUGGACAAGCGGUCUUUACACCCACACUGAAAUCAUCUGUAUUAAACUUUAUGAGGUUAAUUGAUCUAGGAUGGCUUGUGGACUUGUUUCGAUUACGUAGUAUGCCCGAUCUAGUCUAUGAAUUUUAUUUAAACCUAUUUCAAGAUACAAUGGAGUUACGUAAAAACGAGAAAGAAGAUCGCAAUGAUUUCAUUUCGAUUUUAACCAAAUUGAGGAACGAUGAAAAAAAAAACAACAAUAAAAUUGAAUUAUUUACUGAUGAUGUCUUAGCUUCAAAUGCAUUUGUAUUUUUCGCGGCUGGCUUUGAAACCACUGCAUCCGCUAUGAGCUAUUGUCUGUAUGAGUUGGCUUUAAAUCAAGAAAUUCAAGUCGAAUUGCGUCAACAAAUCAAGCACACGCUAAAUGAAAACGAAGGGAUUCUCACUUACGAUGUGGUAAAAAAUAUGAAGUAUUUGGAUAUGGUGUUAAAUGAAACGUUGAGAAUACAUCCGCCUGGACCUGCUUUACUGCGAGUAUGUACUAAAAAAUUUAAAAUACCAGACAGUGACAUAACUUUGGACAUCGGUACGAAAAUUUUGAUACCCACAUAUUCAAUACAUCACGAUCCCGUAUAUUAUCCAAAUCCAGAAGUGUUUGAUCCUUUGCGGUUCACCGAGGAUAAUAAAGCUUCGAGACCAAAUGGAACAUUCCUGCCAUUUGGCGAUGGACCUAGGAUUUGUAUCGGUCUACGUUUCGCAAUGAUGGAGGCCAAAACGGGACUAGCAGAAAUAAUAUCAAAAUUCGAAGUAUUUCCGUGUAAAGAUACAACGAUUCCUAUUAAAUUAAAUCCAAGAUCUAUUCUACUGACACCAAAUGAACCAAUAAGUUUAUUGUUUAAACAAAUUAAGUGAUUUUUUUAUUAAAAAUAAAAAUGAGUUUUUAAACUAAUUAAAACUACUAUAAAUUUAAAAUAAUAUAUUA